UGCGACGCUCGUUGGGAGUUUAGACAAGCGGAGGGAGGAAAAUGGCGGACGAAGAUAUUACGCUUGAUGGGAAACCUCUACAAUCGCUGCGAGUGGCGGAUUUAAAACUCGCCCUGGAGCAAAGAAACCUCCCGAAGAGCGGGCAGAAAAAUGCUCUCCUCAAGCGACUGAAAGGGGCUCUGAUGCUGGAAAAUCUUCAGAAGUCAUCCUCCUCUCACAGUGGGCUGCAGCCCAACUCUCAGAUCGGUGAGGAGAUGAGCCAGAAUAGCUUCAUAAAACAGUACCUGGCCAAGCAGCAGGAGCUCCUCCGCCAGAGACUGGAGAGAGAAGCUCAACAAGAGGAGGAGGCAGAAGAAAGCCCAGCAGUGGUGGAGGAAGAUGAAGACCACUCGGAGGACAAUGACUGCUCUCCCUAUGUCUCUGACAAGAAGCAUCCCAAAAUCCCCCCUAAGCCGUCAAUGACAAGGGCAGACGAGGGCAAAGCAGGAGGAGAGCUAGUGAUGGGUCAUGUGAUGAUGGCAUGCGGCCCCGCCUCUGGCCCCGGCCCUAUCCUUCACCCCCAGGAGUUCAGUGAGGCUCCCGGAGUAAGGAUGCAGCGAGGCACCUUUCACCAAGGACAUAAGGAACCGCCGGCCCCAUCUCCUCCCCGCGCUGUAGCCUCGCUGUCGGUGCGCGUCCUGGGUCAGCCUGACCGCCAGGGUCUGCCCCCCGUAGUACCCCGAGCCCAGGAGAAAGAGGGCACUGCACCGAGUGAGCCUGGAUCCGCUCAUCCCGUGCUCCACCUUAGCCGUUCUGCCGGAGUGUCAGGAGGAGGAGGAGGAGGAGGGGGAGGUCAGGCCCCCGAGGACAGUGAUGAUGACGACGAUGAUGACGAGAGCGAGGAUGACGAGGAUUGGGGACCCGGCCCUGGCGGGGCGCGCAGGGGGAAUCGAGCGCCUCCUCAGCCGCAGCAGAUACCUCCGAGCGCCCCGUCAACAGUUGCGAGAUCCAAACGCAAGCUUCAGCCUCCGCAGCACAUCCCACCUCCACAGGUACACCACACACCAAUGCAACUGCGCCACCCCACUCCUCCUCCCUCUCCACCUCCUGACUUGUUUCCCCUACCUGACACUCCCAAACAGAGCCCACCAGACACAGACGACCAGGAAGGAGAAGCCCCCGAGGCUUCAUGUGGUCCGAGGGUGCCACCCUUCCCACCUUCCACCAUGCAGAGGCAAGACUCUGACUCCAGCUCUCGCUCCAGCAGUCCUGAGCCCUCUAUAAAUCGCAGGCCAGGGCCCCUUUCUCUGCUGGUACACAAGAUGGAGUCAGAGGGGGCUUUUCGUGCAGCAGAGGCCUCCGCUGCUGUGGAUAUGUCUGGGCAGACCGCACACUCCGCUGCUGGGUCCGCCACUUCCAGUGAAUCUUCACUGCUCAGAAUGGAGAGAAAGAGGCUCCAAGAGAACAGAGAAGUGGAGGAAGAAAGGCGCCUGAAGGAGGAGAAAGAGAGGGAGCAACACCAGAAGCAAGAGAGAGAAAGGAAGAAGGUCCAAGAACAGGAGAGAGAGAAGAAACGCUUGGAAGAAGAGAAGGAAAAGGAGAGGAAACGGCUGGAAGAGGAGGAGAAACAGCGUCAGAAAGAGGAGCGAGAGAAUGAGAGAAAACGCCAGCAAGAGGAAAAGGAAAGGGAGAGGAAACACCAGCAAGAAGAAAAGGAAAGGGAGAGGAAACAACAGCAAGAGGAUAAAGAAAAAGAGAAAAAACAAGAGGAGAAGAGAAGGGAGGAGAAACUGCUCAAGGAAAAGAGCCAGGAGACGGCCAGCAAAGGAAAGGUGGCCGUGACCGAGGCCCAAGACUCCGGUUCCUCCUCAGAUUCUGACUCCAAAUCAGACUCUUCUUCCCAAUCGUCUUCUUCCUCCUGUGGGGAUAAAAUCAUCCCCGUCAAAAAGCUGAAGAAGGCCGAGCGUGAUGCAGAGGAUGAGAAAAACCCCAACGGGAACAAGGCAGAGAGACAAUUUCUUUCCAAAAGGGAGGUGUCCGAGCCCAGCGCAGCAGCAGCGACGGAGGCGGAGCCAGACACCGAGGGCUCCAACGCCCAGCAGCCGCCCUCCGGGGCGGACCCGGAGAACAGCGAGGCUCGUCUGGAGGAGAGCACCACUCCGAAGGCCUUUGCUGCUCGCAAGAUAUCCUUGACCAGCAGCAAGACGUCUCCAGCCGCCGCGGAUGGGGCAGCCGGCGAGACGGACGCGGGGACUGCAGCCGGGAGGAAGAGGCGGUGGGGCUCCAGCACAGCGGUCACCGCCAAGAAGCCGUCCAUCAGCAUCACCACCGACUCGCUGAAGUCUCUGAUCCCGGACAUCAAGGUGAACCAGGAGGCGGUGGUGGAGCUGAACCCCGAGGAGCUGCAGAUGUCCGGGGACGAGGACGGCAUGGACACCAGCCGGGGCGACCAGGACAAAGGCCUCAAGAUCAGACGCACCGUCACGCAGGUCGUCUCUGGUGACGGCCAAGAAAACGGACAGGUGAACGAGGAGGAGGAGGAGGGCGAGGAGGCGGACGUAGCGGAGAAAGAGCGACCACGUCGAACCUCCAGAGACAAGCGGAAGGACGGCGUGUCCGAGGACGCCUCGCAGACCCCGGCGCCCGUCAAGCUGGAGGCGGAGCCAAAGAAAGUUACCCCGAGCGACAGUCUUGUGCGCCGCUCCAUCAGCCAACAGAAGUCCGGCGUGUCGGUGACCCUCGACGACCCCGUCCGCGCGGCGCGCCAGCCCUCGCCGCCUCACGGCAAAGUCUCAAACAUCAUCCACGUCAUCAAUCUGGUGCGACCCUUCACCCUGGGCCAACUCAAAGAGCUGCUGAACAGGACGGGCGCCGUGGUGGAGGAGGGCUUCUGGAUCGACAAGAUCAAGUCUCACUGCUACGUCACCUACGCCACCUCAGAGGAGGCGGUCGCCACCAGAGCCGCCCUGCACGGGGUCAAAUGGCCUCCGAGCAAUCCCAAAGUCCUCAGGGUGGACUUCUGUGAGCAGGAUCAGCUGGACAUUCAAAAAGGCAUCGUGAAGCCAGAAAGGGAGGAGGACCACGUGCCCCCACCGGCCGGUCCGCUGCCCCGGCUCCCCCCCCUGAUGCCCGAGCGGGAGCACGAGAGGGACCGAGGCGCGGCGGGAGUGCGGGACCUGUGGGCGGAGCGCCAGAGAGAGAUGGAGCGCCGAGAACGGGCCCGCGGCGAGCGGGAAUGGGACCGCGAUAAGAUCCGCGAGUUCGCCAGGCCGGGGGAAGACGAGCCGCGGUCCCGGUCCAGGGACCGAGAGCGGAGGAGGAGAGAGCGGGCCAAGAGCAAGGAGAGGAAGACCGACAAGAAGGCGACAGAGAAACCCGACGAGCCUCCUGUGAAGCUGCUCGACGACUUGUUCCUGAAGACCAAAGCGGCGCCGUGCAUCUACUGGCUCCCGCUCUCCGAGGAGCAGGCGGUGCAGAGGCUUCUGGACCGCACGGAGCGCCAGAAGGAGCGCGAGCGGCGGCGCAAGGAGCAGCAAGAGGAGGAGGAGAAGAAGCGGGAGGAGGAGAGGAAGGAGAGGCUGAAGGGCCGGGAGAAGGAGGGCGGGGCGGCGAGCGUCGGGGGGGCGGUGGCGGCGGCAGGGACCGCGAGCGUCGGGGCAGCCGGGCGCGGCGGCGGCGAGAGAGAGCGGGAACGCGGCGGCGACAGAGAGAGGGAACGCGGCGGCGAGCGCAGCCGCGAGAGAGAGAGGGACGGGGACCGCAGCCGAGACAGGGACGGGGACAAGAAGAGGGACGACAGCAGCCGCCCCCGGCGGCCCUCCGCGGGCGCCGGCGGACGCCGCUCCCGUAGCCGUAGCAACCCCAGGGAUAGGCGCCGCUGAGCCGAGCGGCUGCAGGGGGGCCAGCUGGAGAGAGAGAGAGAGGAGGGGGGAGAUAGCGUAGCGGGGGACGCCGCAGACAGGACGUCUUGGGAGGAGUGUUCCCAGGUGGAGAUGCUUUUCUCCGGCCGCCUCGCUGUGCUUUAGUUUGUCUUCCACACACUUCUGCCAUUUAAACCCCCCUUCGCCCCCCCCCCCCAUACUCCCCCUCCCCAACUCGUGGGCAGGAGUUUUCACAGAAAAUGUAGGGUGCACAUCCUGUCGGCAGCCAGGCGGCGGCGCAUCUAGCUCCUAUCGCCUCUCCUCUGUUCGUCUGGGUCCUCUGGAACAGGAAGUCGCUCCUUUCCCUCCUCGUCUCUGUAGUGCCGUUUAAAGAAAAGAAGCGAGAGGGGAUGGUGUUUUUUUUUGUUUUUUUUCUGGCUCGCCUCAGCAGUUUGUCCCGCUGAGGUUUGGGAGGGCGCCUCUGUAUUUUAGUUCUGUGGGCGCACGGUUCCUUCCUCCUCAGAGCCCUGUAAUAAAACCCAGUCCAAAAUAGAUCCCUGACCUUCAGAUAUUUUCUAUGUUCUCUUCAACACUGAGAAUUUCUUUAUUUUGUUUCCGUACGACUAGAUUUGACCUCGUCAAAGAGGAUUUUGUUUUAAGUUUUAUGAUUUUAUUUUUUUUUCUUCCAGCCUUGGAGGUUUGUUGUGUGUUACAGCAGGUGAUGUUUGUGUGAGUAAUAACCUUCACCUCUCUCUCUCUCGCUCCCACAAAGAUGCAACUGGUAGUCUCAACACUGUAACCUAGAAAACGUGUGUGAUAGGAAGAGACUGAUGCAGGGCACGUGGCCGAGUUUGUCUUUGGAGUCGGGAAGGAGAGGAGAUCACAUUCUUGUAAAGUGGUUGAUGCUGUGCUGAUUACAGGAAACAGACCUUCCCUGCACUGAAGCCCCCUCCUCUGCCCCCUCAAUCACAUAUUUAAGAGGAGGUACAGAUAAAAAGCUAUCCUUCUAAUAGAGUAGGUUACAAUUUUAAUAUUUUUAAUUUCAUGCUUUUAGUUAAAAGAUGUUGCUUUUUCCCUUCUUGCAAGUGCUGAAUGUACUGAGAAUUUAAAAAAAAUGAAUAAAUUUAAAUUGGUUAUCA